GAUGCCUCCUGAGAUGAUGCCUCCUGAGAUGCCUCCUUCUGCUCAAGGUCCACCUGGAGGGCCUUCCUUUUAUGCCGGCCGGACGGACGGAUGGAGAGACAGAGGCCACCACUUCCUGGCCCGGCUUCGGAGAAGACGCCGCUCUCCACGUUCUCAACGUUCUCCAGGAAACCUGAGCUGAUGUCACGGAGCGAGUGACUCGGAAGAAGAAAGAGGAAGUCAAGGCAGGAAAAGCUGUUGGGUGCUAUUGCGGCAUGUCUUAAAGCAACGGUACGUCGAAUUUCCAAAGAACCGCUCUUGUAACACAGAGGAAUUUCCCUGUUUUGGCUCUGCAAAAUCCUCUGACCACGUCCUACGUCCCCGUCAUGAGGAAAUCCCACGCCGUGGCCUAUAAAAACCACAAGAAAAAGGAGAGAAGCCUCAGAUUCCACCGGAGAGGCUGCCGCAACAAUUUCUCCUCCUUUGCGCCGGAACCUGAACCAUGUCAUCCUCCUCCUCCUCCUCCUCUUCUUUGCUCCUGGCCUUGCCUGCCUUGGCCCUGCUGCUCGUGGUUGCCUUUCUCAGCAGUCCAGUCGCCUCCGCCCCACUGGGGUCGGACCCGCCAACGUCUUGCUGCUUCACGUACACGACGAGGAGGAUCCCGCGCAGCCACGUGGUCGACUACUACGACACCAACAGCCGCUGCUCCCAGCCCGGCGUUGUGUUCGUCACCCGGAAGGGCCGCGAGGUCUGCGCCAACCCGACAGAGCGAUGGGUUCAAGAGUUGGUCGAUGCGCUCGAGGUGGACUGAACUCGGAAGCCAGACUAAUUUAACACCAUCCGAGAUACUAAUUUAAUCCUAUUUAAUCCUGAUAUUUGAGAUUUUAUUUUUAUUAUUUUAGAUACUAUUUAAGAGUCCCCGUCCUCCUAAUAUUUGAGAUUUUAUUUUUAUUAUUUACUAUCUAAUCUAUAUUUAUGGCAAAAGAAGGGUUUUAUACUUAUUAAAAUCCAUCCAUAUAAUUAAUAAAAAGUGAGAAUGUGUUUGUAUCUGCCUAGGUGGUUAAUGGGAGUUGUAGUCCACCUGCCAGGAAAGAGUGUGGCGUGAUGGGAGUUGUAGUCCACCCACAAGCACAAUGUGAGUUGUAAUCCCACAAGAAAAGAGCACUGCAUGAUGGGAAUUAUAGUCCACCCACAAG